ACCAGAAGCUCCAAAAUGAAAGCGUGGGAAACUCCAAAAUUUCGAGGGAACCAGUCCAUGAAAGGCAAGGAGAAAAGUGCGCGCCUUCAUCUCCACUCCACUCCAUUCCCUCCCUACUUCUGCAUCUGCAGAUCCCCACAGAGAGAGAGAGAGAGGGAGAUCUGUGUAUAGAUAAGGGCUCCUCCGCCACCCCCUCUUCCAAGGAAGAAGGGAACACGCCUGCACCUCUAACUACAGCGGCUCUCCUCCCCUCUUCCCCACACUAUUCCCUCAUCUCGCACCAGCAACAAUGUCGACCGAUCAGGAGAACAGAGUGCGAGUCACAAGGGCGAGCGCGAAGAGAGCUUCCGCCGCCUCCUCUUCUCUUUCUUCAUCUGCUCCUCCCCGGAAGAAGCGCGCCGUCUUGGGCGACGUCACCAACACCAUCGUUGGCAACUCCGGCAUCCUUCCGUCGACCCCCGCUCCGUCCAAGAAGAAGGUGGUGGCUCUGGUGGGGGUGCCCGUUGUUGCCGUCGAUAAUGUCGACCCCUGUGGCGAUGACCCGCAGAUGUGCGGGCCAUACGCGUCGGAGAUCUAUCAGUAUCUCCGAGAAUCAGAGAAUAAGAGAAGGCCAAGCCCAAAUUAUAUGGAGUCCUUUCAGCACGACGUUAACGCGAACAUGAGAUCGAUUUUGGUGGAUUGGUUGGUCGAGGUUGCAGAAGAAUACAAGCUUCUUCCUGAUACUCUGCAUCUAACCAUCGCUUACCUUGACCGAUUCCUGUCCUCUAACGCGCUCUACAGGCAGAAACUGCAAUUGUUGGGAGUUUCUUGUAUGCUUAUUGCUUCCAAGCAUGAAGAGAUCUGUCCUCCUCAUGUUGAGGAUUUCUGCUACAUUACUGAUAAUACCUAUAGCAAGCAAGAGGUGGUAGAGAUGGAGAGGAAAAUACUUAUGCUCUUGAAUUUUGAGAUGAGUACACCCACAAUCAAGACUUUUUUAAGCGGGUUCAUAAUGGCAGCUGGACAGAAAACUGAGUCUCCCAACUUGGCUUUGGAGUAUCUGUGCAAUUUCUUGGCAGAAGUAUGCUUAUUAGAGUAUGGAUGCCUUCAAUUUUUGCCGUCUCAAAUAGCUGCGUCCAUUGUCUUUGUAGCAAGAUUCACACUUUGUCCGAGGACUCAUCCUUGGAGCAAGCAUCUGCAGAAUCAAACGGGUUAUAAAGUAUCAGACCUUAGGGAGUGCAUCCAAGUCAUACAUGAUUUGCAGCUGAAGAGCAAAAAUUGUACUCUGGCGGCAGUGAGGGAAAAAUACAAGCAGCACAAGUUUAAGUCUGUGUCAACCUUGGCAUUUCCUGAGAAGAUCCCUUCUACCUUCUUUGAAGACCUCAACUGAUGGAUUGUCCAGUAACUUCCGGCGAUACGUUUCACUAUCUGGGGAGUCCAAACCUGCUUCACUAACUGGUGUUGGUGGAUGCCUCUAUGCAAGGAACUGCCGAAGACUUGAAAGAGUUUUUCAUCUCAAACACCAAGCACUUUGCUGAUGAUGGGGAGCAAGGAGUUCCCUAACAAUGAUUUGAUUCCCGUGAGCAACGCGGUUCAGCAAGCCCUUUCUGCAAGGGACUUUUUAUGAUCAUGCUAGAUAAAGUGCCGAAUUUGUAAUUGCUAGAAAAGGGAUAAAUAUGGUCAUUGCUGAGGCCACUGUAUUCUAACUUGUAAGAUGGAGGAAACAGGCCAUCUUGCUACCAGAUGAACAAUACUGUACGUGUAAAAACUAACUGAAGUGAAAAGUAGGUUUGUUCACAUGAAUGUUGCAAGAAUGAUGCUUGAAAUAUGCU